UCAGAUUGGUUGACAGCUGUUGAGCAGUCAAAUAAAUUAAAACCCCGAAAUAUACAUUUUUUUUUUUUCAUGCGAGAGCAAGAGUUUUAAAAAUUUCGAUUUUGUAGUAUAACGGUUUGGGACUUGCAAAAUUUACGUGAAUGUUGAGGACCAUACAGACCCUUGCCGGCCAACAACCGGUGCGCUGCCUGGCCAGCUAUGGCUCCCGCUUCACUUACCACAGUCAUCAUCCAAUGUCGCAGCCACGGAUCGAGAACCAUUACCAAGUGUUGAACGUGCCCGUGGGUUCUAGUGACCGGGAGAUCAAGCGCGCCUUCAUAGAGCUGUCAAAGAAGUACCAUCCAGAUGCGAAUAGCCAGACGUGUGACUCGGAGUUCUUUAUGAAGAUCUGUGAGGCCUAUCAGACGCUUCAUAGGCACAAUUCCAGGCAGAUCUACGAUUCCCGAUUGCGAAUGAAGCACCAGAGGGUAAAUCCUUCGGAAGCGAUAUUCACGGGAAGACAUGUCUGUACGGCUUGGUCACAGUAUCAGUCCGCCGUACGGACCAAGCAGAUGGGAAUUCGAUCCAGGCGAUUCGGUGCCGAAAAACCAACCACCUUUAAGGGAAAAAUGGUAAACAAGUGGCUGCCGAUGGGAACAUCGUUGAUUGACAUGCAGAGAAUGGGUUUCAAAGGGUCCUGGCAGGAGGAGUACUCUUUCCCCAAUAGUCCUAUCUUCUAUCUAUAUGUAGUCGGAUUCUGUGUGAUUGGAGGAUUGGUUAUAGUGGAUUUGAUCAGUCGUUUCCAAAGGCAGCCAAUCGAAGAGGAGUUGGUUGAGCCGUUAAAGCCUAAAGAAGCAUAAUUGGAUCCUGGGACCUCAACAAAAACACAUCUAACAACACCUAACCAUCAAUCUUAUUUUGUUUUUUCUCUCGAAUCAGCGGCACACCUCAUGCAUAUGUAUGGUGAAUUGCCUUUGUUGUACUCCCUGGUCUCGUUUGAAAGAAAAAUAUAUAAAUCUGUUCGUUAA